UCGACAGCGCCUCAGUCUUCCCACUGACACGAGUCUGUAAAGGCGCGGAAAAUCGCGGUUUGGAGAUCGCUGAUCGAUCGGAUACAUAGCGCUUAGACUGCUGACCCCUUAAGUCAGGUUCCCGCAAAGAAAUUGCGCUGCGGCCCGGAAAUGUCGCUAAUUAACCUCAAAUCGAAAGAUAUGUACGACGAGCCGAUAAAUCUGUGGAGGACCAAGCAACGCGUCCAUUACCACCACGAUGUGAUAUCGAAAGGAAAUGACAGCCACCGCUCCUCCGAUGCCUGCGAGUACAUAACCAUAACUGCGCCAAAGAAGUCGGCCUCGUUCUCCCGCUCGCCCCCGAACUCCCUGCCCCCCUCGGUGCCCGGAACCCCUCGUCAUUCGGUGGCCGCCACCUCGAACCAGGUGAUCCGCUACGCCAGGACGAACUGCGACCACUGCGGCCACCACAGCAUCCCGGUCAUGUCGCCGCACCCCAUCUCCCCGCUGGCCAAGUCGCAGACGAACCUCGACCUCGUCGAGCACGCCAGCCAGCGGCAGGCCCUGCUACCGCUGCCCACCAUCGGGAUGCACCACGAGGACUCCGCCUGCACCCUGCAGGUCUCCCGGCGGCCCUCGCUGCUCCUCCAGGAGAUCCUCACCCAGCGGCCGCCGCUCUACGGUCGCAAAGACGGCAAUGGGUUCCUCUCGCCGAAAAUGGCCAAGAAUGGUAACCUGCAGGGAACAGCGAGCGGCAGCACAGCGACCAUAAAUUUUCAGAGCGGCACGACGAGUGCCAGGAAUGGAUCCACAGCCUUCUUCGAUAAUGGGGCCAAAAGUUUUCAGGCCAAGCAGCAGAAGGAUAAGAACCGACGCACAGGAAACGAUGCCAUAAGCUCAGCUCUCUCGGCCACCUACUGCAAGCUGUUGGUUCUCCUUGGCGUUUGUCUGCCGAUCACGGAAGUUAUAUCCGAUCAGAUACCCACCUAUGUGUACCAGGGGUUCUACGUGUACCUCUAUGUGGGCAGCAUACUCUUUGUGAUCUUCCUGUACAUCAGUGCCUUCCGGAACCGAUCUCUUUUCAAUGCCCUGAAAGACUUUCAUGAAAAGAACAGCAAUGUGCAUCUGAAGCACAAGGUCACCCACUUCGGCAGCUUCUACCUGAGGGUGGGAGCUAUAGCCUUCGCCAUUGGCACCAUGGUCUACUCCGGCCUGGAGUUCGGCCAGUUCUUCGAGCUGAACGGCCACCCGGGAUGCCGGGAUGUCUUCGUGGCCAUCACGCCCAUCUGCAGGAUGGUGCUGUGCAUCGCCCAGGUGCAGUUCAUCUUCCUGAACACCACCUACAUGGACAUGGCCCGGCACAAGGUGACCUCGCGCUUCGGCCUGAUGCACAUGGUGGCCACCAACCUGUGCGAGUGGCUGUACGUCCUGGUGGAGGAGACCAAGCACGAGAUCUUCCACAUCAGCCAGCACGAGGUGGAUCCAGCCCACGAACUGGUAAUCCACAAUGCCACGCACAGUGGAACGGACUGGUCGGCGGUCAACCAGUCCCUGCACCAGCACCACCACCACCUCCCCCUCAACAGCAGCCUGCUGACGAACGUGAGCUCUAUUAUCGCGAACAUGACUGUGACGCCCACUCCCACGGCGGCCGCCUUCACCGGCUGUUCCCGCACCACCAUCAUGGGCGCCCUGGUCCAGCAGCUGUCCCCCUUCCUCUUCCCCUGCACCAUCGAGUACUCCCUGAUCUGCGCCGUUAUCCUCUUCGAGAUGUGGAAGACCGUCAAGUCCAUUCCGGACAUCGACAAGUCGCGCAAGAACUCCGUGAAGCCGGUGACUGCCAAGCCCGCCCACCACUUCUCCGUGGACUGCUCGCAGUCGCACAAGGGACUCUUCUUCGGCAUCAUGAUCAUAGUGAUGACCAUCAUCUCCAUGAUCAUGUACUUUGUGCUGUACACCCAGCCGGGCUACGAACUGGUGGCCACCCAGGAGGUGACUCUGUGGGAGACCUUCAUGUACUUCAUGUGCGCUUCGGCUGUGAUAACCGGAAUGAUCCUCAUGCGCGACCUUCGGUACAUCAAGGACGCCAGCGACGAGCACCACUCGAUGGACCUGGACAACCUGCUGCUGAUCGUGGCCCAGACGGGGGUGUACCUGUACGGGAUGUUCAGCAUCCUGGGCAGCUACUUCGCCAAGUGGGACACGGUGCCGGAUCGCGUGGAGGGCAUCAUUGCGGAGGUGUUCGGGGUGGUGCAGACCUCGCUGCAGACGAUGUUCAUCCUGCACGCGAGCCACCGGCGGUGCAAGGGCGCCAAGCAGGUGCGCAGGAAACCGGGCAGGGAGAUCAUCACCUUCCUGCUGGUGGCCAACAUCGCCAUCUGGUUCGUGAACACCCUGAUCAAGGGCAGGGCCGUCUUCCGGGAGACGCACCUGGAGUUCUUCGGGGUCUGGGGCUGGACCAUCAUCACCCACAUCUCCAUGCCGCUGGCCAUCUUCUACCGCUUCCACUCGACCAUCUGCCUCUUCGAGGUCUGGAAGGUCACCUACAAGGCCAAGGCCCACUAACCAACUCAGUGAUCAGUUUCCCUAGCUCUCCUCUAAGUUAAUUUAAAGUCAGGCGUCCACUUGUGAGCAUUAGUUAAUUUAUGUUUAGGUGCGAAAUUCGUUGACAUCGCUAGCACGAAAUAAAGAUUUAAUUUAUUCAGCAACUAAA